AUGUCUGAACAAAUAUUCAUGUCUGGGAUAAAACCGUUAGCUGUGAACAAUGGCAACGUGUCGGAACAAUGGCGUCGAUGGAAGCAAAAAUUCGAAAUUUUUUGUGACGCAAAUGAUAUUAAAAAACAAGAUGAGACAAAGCAAGUGGCUAUUUUCUUGAACACAAUUGGUGAUUAUGGCAUUGAAAUAUAUAAUUCCUUCAACAUCGACAGAAAAAAUAUUUCUUUGGAAAAUCUGAUAAAAGCGUUCGAUGAGAAAUUUAAUCCUCAAAGUAAUAUCACAGUAGAAAGAUACAAUUUCUUCACAAGGACUCAACAAAUAGAUGAAUCUUUAGACAACUAUGUAACAGUAUUAAACAAUUUGGCUAUGUCUUGUGAAUUUAAUACAUUGAAAGAUUCUUUGGUUAGAGAUAUGUUUGUUAUUGGCAUUCAAAAUUCAAAAAUUCGUGAAAGUUUGCUUCAGCAGGAAAAAUUAACACUGGAAGAUGCAUUAAAAAUUGCUAAAAGCAUGGAACUGUCCCAGGAGCGUUCGUCAAGAAUCACACAGUCGCAUACACCCAAGGAAUUAUCCAACAAUAUUCAAGCGCUGAAAAACAUUAACAAUCAUAGAAGUAGAUCGAUCUCAAAAACAAGAAACAAGAAAAACAGAAAUUCAAGUCAAAGUUCAUCAAGAAAAAGGUCUCCAUCACAAAACAAAACUUGUAGGCGAUGUGGUCAAGUGCAUAUAUAUAAAUGCCCAGCGGAAGGAAAAACAUGCAACAUUUGCAAGAAGACAAACCAUUUUGCCAAUUACUGUUUUUUCAACAAAAAUAACAAGUCGGACAAGAGACAUAUUAGUAGUGUAAGUAGUAAUAAGAAUUCUAACUCUGACAAUAACUAUUUUAUAAUUAGUAAUUUGACUGACAUUGAAAAUAAUAAUAAUAAUUGUAAUAAUGAGGAAUGGAAAAUAAAUGUAAAAUUGAAUAAUUAUUUAAUAAAAUGUCAAAUUGAUACAGGAGCUGACGCGAAUGUCAUAUCAAAAGACACACUUGAUAAAAUGAUGACUCACACUAAUAAGAAAAUACCUAUUCAGAGAACAAAUAAUAAAAUUUUCUCAUUUUCAGGCCAAGUAGUACCAAAUAUAGGCAGCUGUAUACUAAAAUGUGAAUUUGAAAAUAGUCUUACAGCUAGCAUAUAUUUUAUUGUAGUCAAUUGUAAAUGUCAAACUAUUUUAGGAUGGAAAACCUGUGAAAAACUAGGUUUUGUCAAAAGAAUUUUUAAAAUUCAAAAGGAUUUGCAAAAGGACUUGGAUUUGGAAAGGUCAGUACAAGAUAUUGUUUCUAACUAUUCACAAACAUUUGAGGGAAUAGGAUGUCUUCCAAAUGAAGUUCAUUUAGAUAUUGAUGAAAGUGUUACACCUAAAAUUUGCCCAGAAAAGGAUGAUGAUGAUUGUUCUUUCAUAAUUACUCAAAAGAAAUUAAAUUUAUCGUAUACUCAAAGUCUAUUGUCAAGUCCAAUACAAAAACAAGCAGAUAACUAUAUUUUAAGUCAAAGUGAGUCAGAUACUUAUAGGUCAAUUGGUUCAGAGUUAAAUGAAUCUGUAUCUAGUUCGAAGUCGUGUCAAUCUGUACAAUCUCCUGAAUUUGUCAAUGUAGAUAAUAAUAUGUCAGAUGAAAGCUUACAUGAUCAUAACGAUUAUGAAGAGGAAAUUCAUUUACCUAGUCCUCCUGAAUCAUGUUUGCAGGAAAUGUCUAAUAUUGUAAUAUCUCCUAACGAUGGCAACAAUGUACCUGAUAAUGAAUAUCAAUAUAGUUCUAGAGGUAGACGAAUAAAAAAGACUCAAAGACUGAAUUUG